AGUUCUCGCGUCAUCACAACCCGGAAGAUGACAGCUUCACAACAAGGACAUUGUCACGUUGUCUAAAAUAGUAAAGUAUCGAACGCAAAGCGGUCUUACGGUAUUCAUUUAGAUGAAAUAUUUAGCAGAGGGAAGCUGACAGCACGUUUGGUUGGAAUUUUACCGCCAUGUGACGUUCAAAUCAGUGUAGCGUUGUGUGUAUUUGCGUGAAGGGCAUGGCGGGGCGCGUGUUGCUGGGGGCUAUCCGGACCCUGCGAUCCACAGAACGGGUUUGGAGGAGUCCUCCUGUCCGGGAUGUGCACCCGAGCCACGCCUUGUGUGCAGGUCACAACAAGUGGUCCAAAGUCAAACACGUAAAAGGUCCUAAAGAUGAGGCGAGGGGGCGAAUGAUAGCCAAAUUUGUCAUGAUGAUCAAGGUUGCUGUGAAAGAGGGUGGACCCAAUCCAGACAUGAACGUCAACUUAGCCCAACUCCUGGAGCAGUGCAGAAACAAGAACGUACCAAAAGCAUCCAUAGAGGCUGCGAUCAAGAAUGCUGAAAAAUCCAAGCCGGCAUCGCGGCACAUAUUUGAAGCUCGGGGACCGGGUGGAUGCCUUCUACUCAUUGAAGUCCUAACCGAUAACAGCUCGCGGAGCCAGCAGGAUGUCCGAGAGGUCCUGAGUAGAAACGGGGGGAUGCUCUCGGAGGGCGCCCGCCACAGCUUCAGCAGGAAGGCUGUGGUGGUGGUACCUGGUCAGAACGUCACAUCCGAGCGAGCGCUGGAGCUGGCCAUCGAGGCCGGAGCACAGGACGUCCAAGAGACGCAGGACGAGGAUGACGACGCGCCCCUCCUGCGGUUCAUUUGCGACAAUGCGGAUCUGCGGACGGUACGGGCGUCGCUGGAGGAGCUGGGGAUGAAGGCGACGUUGUCGGACUCCCAAUUUGUCCCUCGCGCACUCUCGCCUCUGGACCAGGAGCAGCUCGAGGCGGCCUCGGCGCUCAUCGAAGCCCUUAGCGACUGUCCGGACGUGGUUCGCAUCUGGGACAAUAUCCAGGCUCAGAGCUGAGAGGGUUUCUGGAGAGGUGGCACAUUGUAAAUAAAGACCUUUGGACAGUU